AUGCCUCUGAUUGUACGCGUAGAAGAGAAUAAAACGCCUGCUGAUGUUAAGAUUAAACAAUCAACUGACGAUGCUUCACCAACUGUCCAACCUAUAAAACCUGGAAAAUAUACAUCACCUAGAAAACAUCCAUUCCGUUGGUCAAGUCGUUCAAGACCAUCUCAUAAGAAAAUGGUAUUAAUGCAUACACAAUCAGCCAGUGGAGGUGAUGCCAGUCAUUAUCUUACUGGCAAAGAAGACAAUUCAACUUAUCAGUCGUCAGGUUCCUUACAACAACAACAACAACAGCAACAGUCGACUCCUGUCAAAUCUAUUCUCAAUACAAAUAAUGGGAAUAAUUAUAAUGUUAUAACGCCUAUAUAUAGCUCACCGAUUAUCAGUAGUACGGCAUCAAGUGGACUGCAUCAGCCGACACUGUCCAGUCGAAUGGUUAAUAAUGCAGAGAUUAUACUUCACGAUUCAAAAAGUGAAUAUGAUGAGGCAGCGGAGUAUACAAGUUUUUGGUCAUUAUCUGUUGGACAGCUGACAAUAUUACGUAAAUUGGCUUUAAUACAGUUGGCGAGUUUAGCUGAGAAACACUGUUCUAUUAAUCGUUCACCAUUUAGUUGGCGAUUUAUUAAAUAUCGUGCUCUACUGUCAAGCGGUGAUUCAAAUCUCUUAGCAAAUUCAUUAAUCACUUCACCGUUAUCAGAUAAAAAACCAUUUUCCAAUUCAAAUGAUGAAACUUGUGCUGCACGAUUGAAUUCCAUUGAGCCAAAUAGUAUUAUUUCUCAACAAAAUGAACGUAUUAUCACACAGUUACCAACUCAUCACAAUGUAUCCUACAGUGGUCCUGUAUUCGGCCAAUCAUUGUCUAGUUGGCAACGUAGACUUGGUUAUCCACUCCCACCAGCUGUUGUACAUAUGAUGGAUCAUUUAGAAAUGAAUGGAACUACAGCGCAUGGAAUAUUUCGACGUCCUGGAGGUAAAUUAAGAAUGCUGGCGUUAAGAGAAGAAAUUGAACGGGAUAUAAAUUGGAAGAAAUUUGAUGACUGGCAACCAUAUGAUAUAGCUGACCUGUUGAAGCAGUUCUUUCGUGAACUCCCUGAAUGUCUAUUUACAAGUAAACUGGCAACUGUACUUGUCAACGUCUACGUAUGUGUUCCAAAUUCCGUUCAAAUUGAUCUACUACGCUGGAUAUUGAUUAGUCUACCGGAUGAAAAUCGUAUCGUGUUACAAAAGUUAUUAUACCUUCUGAAUCAUUUAUCACGUCAUAGUGAUGUGACUGAGAUGAGUGCUAGUAAUCUAGCAGUUUGUUUUGCUCCAUCCCUUUAUCGAUUAAUUAAACCACCAACCUUAUCUAAUCAAGGUGUAAGUCUUAGUCCACGACGUUUAAGACGAACAACUAGUGGACCAGAUCCAAAAGAUUUAGCUGAUCAACGAGCUGCUCAACUUAGUCUAAGUGCAAUGAUUAAUUUAGCACCGAAUUUAUUUCAAAUAUCAUGUUCUCUAUUAAAUCAUUCAACUCUCCUGACAAGUUUAACGCCUAUACCACAAGAUUUAGAAACAAUUAUAGCUAAUGGUGAUUGGCCACAAUGGAUACAAACAUCACUGACUGAUUUAAUACGUGAAUGUUCAUCGUCAAAAUCUAAAGGUUGGAAUGUUAUCAAUCGUGAAGCUAUGAAAUGUUAUGGUGUUGAUUCUGGAGCUAAUGAAUUAUUAGAUGGUUUUGAAGUUCAUUACAAAAAGAUUCCAAAUUCAAGUGAAACAAAGACUACACCGAACACUUUACGUCUGUGGCGUUGUUCACUUCAUAUACCUGAAUCGAAUCCACGUACUAUAUUGAAUCGAUUCUGUGAAGACAGAACUUCAUGGGAUCCAGAAGUGUUACAAAUGAAAAUUAUUGAUCAAAUAUCUGAUUGUGUUGAAUUGUGUGAAGUACAUUUGGCUUAUACAUAUCCACAACCAAAAUGUGUACUUCAUUUAAUCCGUGGUAUUCAGCAUACCCUAGACGAUGGUUGUUGUGCUAUGCUUAGCGAAUCAAUAACAAAUACCAGUUUUCCAAAUGUAAAUACAUCUUUCUGUGUACAGUCAACGACAACACCGACAACAACAACAACAAUAACAGCAAUUGGAACUGGAACUCCUGGAAUGAAUCCAUGUGGAAAUAGUAUACUUGGUCAUGUCUAUGAAGACCACGUGUACAUUCGUCCAAGUAAUGAUGGUCAAGGUUGUCGGGUAUAUUUACUAUCACGUAUCGAUUUAAAAGGCUAUGGACCUGAUUGGUAUAUAAAUCAAUGGGGGCAUACAUUAUGUCGAAGACUAGUAAAUCUAAAAAGAUCCUUUCAAAAGUCUAAACCACUACCAGUUUUAGUUUAUGAAUUAGACGAAUCUGUUAAUCGACCUUCUCCGCCACCUUAUGCCACUAUCACAACUACUACUUCUACGACCAUUGAUGAUAACAGUCAAAUUAUUCCAACGACGAUAGAAACGUCGUCAACUCCAACGUUGUCAGGAGUUACCACUACAACAACAACAACAACAACAAAAACAGCAACAACGACUGUUGUGAUCAACAGAUUCUAAAAAAGACGGAAGAAAACAUCAUCCACGUGUAUUGAUCUUCUCAUCAACGAAAAAAAGACACGACACCACGGUACAACCUUCUCCUUGUGUGUAUAUAAUAAUAAUAAUGCAUAAGUGUAUUCUUCCAUUUGAGUAAUUUCUGUCCGCCUUACUCUCUUCCUGCAUCUCUCUGUAUGUGUGUGUGUGUGUGUAUGGAUUUGUGUGUCUUCAUGAACAUUGCUUCCACUGGACCUUUCAUUCAUUUAUUUCUCAAGAGUGUAUACUUAUAUAAAUCCUACUGACGAGUGACGAUAACGUAUUCGCACACUCACACACACACACACACACACACACACGGCGAUGUAUACACGUAUGUCUUCCGACGACGACAACAACAACAAGAAAAUACGAAGAAAUUCUAUUUUUUAUAUACAUAUAAUAAGUUUCUUGAGUAAAACGUGUGUGCCAAUUUGAUUGCAAACGUGAAGAUGUUAAAUGGUGAGAAGAGCUGCGUGUGUGCGGGGGAAGAGUGAUGAGGCCUGAAAGUGGCGGCCAUGUACUUAAUGUAUUUCAUCAGAUUUUUAUUAUAAUUAUUGUUACUACUGAUAUUACUCUAUUAGUAGUAAUUGAGUAAUGUUUAAAAAAUACAAAUUAAUAAGAUUGACUCUUCAUUAUUAUGAUUAUUACACUUACUUGAUAUUAUUGUGUAUGCUGAACUGUGUGUUUGUGUGUGUAUGUGCCGGGGGGGGGGGAUGAUGUGAGUGUACCUGUGUAAUAUUUUUGUUAUUUUUUCUCCAGCCUUUCUUUUGAAAAAGUUCCUUCUUUAACAUUUGUGUUUGUUUAUUGUGCUACAAAGACACCCACCCAUAUUGAUUGAUUGACUGACUGACUGAUCGAUUAAUAUUCAGAGGAUACACUAAUCUUUGUACAUAUGUAUUCUAUUCAUUCUUUACCGCCCCCUCCGCCUACGCUACCCUACCCCAUCUCAUCAAAGAGUUUUACAUUUGAAUUUAAUUCGUUUAAUGUUGGUCAGUUAGAUACUUUAUCGUUAUUAUGAUUAUUACUGGUUACUGAGACAAUUAUGGAGUGGUUGAAUACCAUGAAAUACCUUGAUGAUUGCAGGUGAAUCAAAAAUAAUCGAUAUAUAAGAGAGAGAAGGUUGUUUCGCCUCCUCUCCCCUCUUCCGUUCACUCAACUCCAAUCUCACACACACAUACACACCAGCCAAUAUUUCAUUUGUGAAUGCCAGAGAUAAAUCUAAGAAUUCUUUCUUUUAUUUUCAACAGACAAUAGACGUCGGUGGGUGUGUGUGUGGAACUAAUUACUCACAUGUCUUUCCAUUGUGUUCACUGGCUGACUGACUGACUGAGUGUCCGACUGUUGGAAUGGUUUCGAGCGAUUUUAACUCAUGUGUUUGGGUUGAAUAUUAUUUUUUUCUAUCUUCCUGUGUUUCCUGCCAAACUGGUUUUUCGUCUUGUUUCGUGUGUGCGUAUGAGUGUUUGUGUGCACGCACGUGCACGCGUGUGCCUGCACGUGUCUGAGAGUCCCCUCUCCCCUGUCUUCGUUUAUUUAUUGUUCUACUUUACUACUGCCACACUACUAAUAUUACUCAUGAGUAGAAAUUCUCGAUUUUACCGAUUAUUUUGUUUAUAGAAUAAUAAUUAUGUUAAUAAUGAUAAUAUUAAAUAAUAAUACUGAUCCAGUAGUGAUCAUAAUGAUAAUAAUAAUAUUACUGAUAAUAAUAGUGAAAGAAAUUCUCCGGAGACGGAAACAGAACAAAACAAAAAUUGGAAUUUACUUGAAAUAUACUCAUGUACAACUUGUU